AGGAUUUGUUUCUCUGUGUGUUAGAUUUCAUGGAUAAACCCAUGAUAUUCGCUGCUGAAUUGGUGGCAGGAAAGCCUGUGAACAUGACCUGCUCCUUCAGCACCACGUGUGAUGGAACGGCCCCCACCUUAACCUGGGUCACCCCCGCUGAUGAACCACCGUCAGCCUCACCCAGCGUAACUCAGCAGGGUGACACUCUGACAUAUACUUCUGUUCUGUCCCUGACCCCAGCGCUCAAACAUCACGGGCAAAACCUCACCUGCAGAGUCACAUACCCAACUGUGUCAUCGGAGCAGACCCUCACACUGACUGUGGAAUAUGCGCCAGAGAUUUCCCGGGAUUCGGGAUGCACUCACACACCUGAGAAUGUCACCUGUGUGUGUGCGGCCAGGUGCAACCCACCCGGAGAGCUCACCUGGCGCCUCCCCCUCGCCAACCUCAGCGGAAAUCAAACCCACGGACGUCUCCACAUCUGGCAGGUGGCAAGCGGGCAUCUGGUGAAUGGCUCCCUCACUCUGAGAGGGGGUGCGGGAGGGGAGUACGUGACGGCCAUGUGCUCAGUCCGAAACCGGCACGGUGAAGCCAUGCUCACGCUGUAUCUGUCGACGGAAGAUAAAAGCUUCAGUAUUUGGAAGGCAGUUUUGCUUACAACAGGGAUAAUACUGAUGGCUGUGCUAGCUGGAUUCAUCAUCUACAAGUAUAUACUGCGGAGGGAAGAUGCUUCAGGAAACCAAGACACCAAUGUGAUCUACUGCCCACACUCUGCCACCAAUCAGAGCGCGGGGAGUGGAGAGAACGGGCCGGCCCCAGUGGAGCAGAAAGGAGGAGGGUAAUCGGGAGAGGGGGAAGAGCAAGCGGCCGUGUACGCCAACCUGCGGGAGGUGCUGAGCAGCGGAGA